CCGCACUUGAAAUUGCAUUUGAGUUUAUAAUCGAAGUUCCAAGAUGUGCUGAUGAAAUUGGUGGAUAUCUCGUAGUGCUGUGGGGGAGGGGGCUGAACGAGGGUAUCACCGUUAAAAAGGACAAGGAGGGAUGAGAUUUAUGGAGAGUGGAGUGAGGAGAAUUGGGGUCGCGCAGGCGUCGAGUGAACGCCCGCCUUGGAGUACCCAAUACGGAGUUAGUAGUGGUCCAGGGUGGAAAAUGCAUCAUUGCACGGGAGUGUCAGCCUGCAGUCGUGUUUGCCUUCAAAAUCAAAAUAUGCAGCCCCGUAAUAAUGGGAUAUGUGAUAAAAUCGAGAAAUAUAUAUCCGAACUGAGCCAGUGGUCAGUAUGGAGAACUAUAAUUCUCGGGCAGUUUUUAUCGAUAGUUCUCUACUGGAUGACGCUGUUGAAUCAUCACAUAAAUACGGUUUCCCUCCCGAAGCUUUCGAUACCCACAGGACAAAAUAUGCCGCACUACGCAAUGAUGUGUCUGGUGUAUACGACGUGGAUGUCCUGCAGAGGUGCUGGCAAUGGACUUUUUUCUGUGCUAAAAUCACGAGGCUGGCGGUAUCUCCUGCUUGCCCUCAUAGAUGUUGAGGCAAAUAUACUUAUAACUUCCUCUCAUCAGUUUACAAGCCUCGCCAGUAUUCAGUUGCUGGAUUGUGUGGCAAUUCCCGUUGCACUCGCACUCUCGUGUCUUGUGCUUGGCGUGAGAUAUCGAAUUGUUCACAUUGUGGGAAUCUCCGUCUGCCUCAUGGGAGUUGGAUGUCUUGUGUGGGCUGGAAUCGAUGACAAUAAGGAUCUUGGUGUUAAUGCAAAAAAUCAACUCGUCGGCGACAUGCUAUGCCUGGGUGGAGCAGUCCUUUUUUCAGUGACAACGGUCCUCCAGGAAUUGGCAGUGAAAAGCGUCGAUAUAAUUGAAUAUCUCGGAAUGAUUGGAUUCUUCGGAACCAUUUUGAGUUGCAUUCAAAUCGGGGCAUUGGAGAGAGUUCAAAUCGAAUCAGCCACCUGGAGUACAGCAACGCCAGUCGUCAUUACUGCCCUAGCAUUCUAUUGCAUCACUCAAUUUGUAUUCUUCUCCCUCGUUCCUGUUAUUCUCUUCGAGUCUGGUGCAACUGCAUUACAAUUGACCCUUCUCACUGCGGAUUUUUUCAACGUUCUUAUUGGCAUGCUAGCCCAUAACUACAAGUUUCAUACAUUGUACUUCCUCUCUUAUACAUUGACAAUGACGGGAAUUUUCAUUUACGCCAUAAAGAGGACUCCCAUGUCCUCGGCCUCGAGGAGACAACAGCAACUCGAGACACCGGCUCCCGAUUACAGUGACGUGAUUUUAAGACGAAUGUCUCACCCGGAUGGUGGUGAGGUGGAAAUGGCAACGAGCUCGGGUAUGUCGGCAGUUAGUGGCACUCUGGAUGUAUUGGACAUCAAGGCAUCCUCAACACUGGGCAGCGAGCGAGAGACAAUGGAUGCAAACAGUCUCCCAUUGAGCGUGAGCUCAGAUACAGCAUUUACGUCAUUUUAUGGUAGCCAGGCCAAUUUGUAAAAUAAUUAAUACCAGACUAAACUAUGAAAUUUCCAUUCGAAGAAUAGAAAAGGACGAAGAGGAUGCGACAAGAAAUCUCAGUGAUUCGCAUCUCAUUUCUUCCCUCUUCUCGCCGAGAGAAAAAAUAAAUAAAAAGCGGAAUCAAAGUAGCUAGCAUACUCUGAACAUAACGUGGACCACGUUGAGCGAGAGGAGUAAUUUCAUGUUCUUCCUAGAAUAAUAAUGUGCGGCCUAGAACAGUCGGUAGUUAUGUCUUUGUGAAAGCAAAAACAAAUUUUUCUUUGUAUGUGAAACUUUGAAAAAUUUAUAAUGAAGAAUAACAAUAUUUGUUAACGAUGAAAAUGUUUUCUUUGUAAACUGAGAAAUAAUUUCUCUCGUCUUCUAGUCGAUCCGUGAUAUACGUAAAUGAAUCGUGCCAGUAUUUAAAUGACGGAGAGCACA